CAUCGUGAGUACGAUGUUUUUUUUACUUAGAGAACCAGGAAACUGCACAAAAACAUUUAGAAUCACAAUAAUAGGAAUUUGUAAAUGAACACAAGCACAAUCGAGGUGUGAAUUAGAGAGUAUUGAACUUUGGACUUAAAUAUUCCGAUAACUACGGAAGACAGGAACGGGUAUGCAACCGAAACUUGUAAGCCAACAGGUGAAGGGUGCGGUUUAAAAUGCUGAAGUAAUCGAGUAAGAAUUGACCAUCAGCAAAUAUACUCAGUCAUGGAUCUCUCUGCCGACUUGGGUUGGAGGGAUGAUAUGAGAGCGGAGCAGCAUGUGGAGGAUGAGUUCACUUGUCCCGUUGUGCUGCGGGGCUCUCUGCUAGCCCAGCAGUCUGUGGUAGAGCGGCUGUUUGGCGUUAUCUUGAGAAUCGGUGAAGGGCUAUCCUCAUACACACCUCAGGAUGGACAGAUUUGGCUGCAGCUAAAAGGGAAGAAAACGGAAGUGGAGGCAGCAAAGCUUUUUGUAAAAGGUGUAGUGAACCAGGAGGCUCAGAAGGAAGUCCAAUAUCCAGAAGCACUUCACUGUGUGUUCUGUGGUGCAAAAGGGUUGUUCAUUGACUCUCUGAUCAAAAAUACUUCAGCACAUAUAAUGGUGGGCUCUAUGGGUUGUCUUCUCAUUUCUGGGCUGGCUGAGCCUGUAGUGAAGGCCUACUCCCUCAUCAUGGACUUGGUAGAUAAGUAUAGGGACAGCCAGGCACAACCCUACAAGGCAGCAUGUGAGUCCCUGGAAUCACGUCGAGUGUUCAAAUCCAUGGUCGAGAGGCUUGAGGACCGUCAUACUCUGGAUCUGCUGGUGCUGCCAGUUCUAGUUAAGGAGCUUCUUCUAGACUUGGUUAAGCAGUCAGCACUGGACCUAGAUUUCUGGGACAAUGUAUCAGUUUCAGCAGAAAGGGAAACACUAUUGGACCUUUCAGAGAAUAUCGAUAGACUGAUACUGAGAGAACCUAGGAAGAAUGAAACACUAUCAUCCACCAUCCUUCUCAAUCCAAAUGGUACAUCUCAGAACCUUCCUAUAUCUUGCAGUUAUGGCAUCAAAUAUCCCAGAAUGGAUGAAUUCUUCUCUGAUUUGGAACAUAGGCCUCUUGCACAGGCUGCAGAGGAAAACAUGCAAGAUGGCAAUGCACAGAAAUGGGUUGGCGGUGCAUCCCUGGACGCAAACAAGGAAAGAGAAUCACUGCAGCAGGAUGAGCACCUCCUUAAAUUCUUCACUGCUAUGGGUUACAAUGAGGAGGUAGUAGGUAGGGUUCUGGCCCGUUCUGGGCCCCAAGAGCCCUCCCAGAUCCUUGACCUGGUCCAGCAAGAGCAAAGCCCAACUGUUGAGGAUGGAGCCAAAGGGGCAAAAGAAGAUGACUUUGUCCUCGGUGUGACAAAAAAGGCAGCAGCCAGUUGUGGAUAUACAGAGGAAAAAGUGGAUGCGGUGUUCAACAACCUUCCCAAAAUAAAACCCCACCAGCUGAUCCUGGAAUUGCAGAAAGAGGGCAUGAGAAAACCUGAGGGUGGGAGACUCAGCGAGAGGAAGAGAACAGAAGAACCAGAAGAACAGCAGAGAAAGGUGCCGAGUUCUCAAAGCGUAAAGGACGGGGAUUUAAUGGAUGAAAAGAAAAAUGAGAGAGUUGAUAAAAUGAAUGAAGCAACAAAUAUGGAAAAGGCUGAGAAUGAUGAGGGGAUGAACCUGAGAGAAAAGUCUAAAAAGAAAGAGAGAGAAAAAGUCGGAAGAAGAGGAUUAACAGACCUUGAACCAAGGAUGCAGAGACUCUUCAUGGAACAGGACAGGCUGGACUGGGCAAGUAACAAGCCUGACAUUUCUUCUUCUUCUCCUCCUUCUGUUCGAGGGCCACCUCAACCUGUGUAUGCAUCACCGCUGCAUCACAACAACUCAGAGAGGCAAGUCAACCCAACUGAGGCCCCUGUUACCAAGUCUAAGCAAAAACAGGGACCGCCACCUGCCAAGGCAGGGGCAGUUGUUACAGGAGCACAGCGCUUUCUGGAAGGCCUAGAUAUGCCUUUUGCCCUCCAGCUGAAUGAUGACCCCGGUGAUCCAGAGCUGCGGCAGAUCAUCAUUGAUGGGAGCAAUGUUGCCAAGAGCCAUGGCCUAGGAAUGUUCUUCUCAUGUCGGGGCAUCGCUCUGGCUGUGCAGUACUUCUGGAGCCGGGGGCAUCGCAAAAUCACAGUCUUUGUUCCCCAGUGGAGACAGAAGAAAGAUCCAAAGAUAAAAGAGCAGCACUUCAUGACUGAACUACAAGAUCUUGGUCUUCUCUCCUUUACCCCCUCGAGAGAGGUUUUGAAACAGAGGAUAAACUGCUAUGAUGACAGAUUCAUGCUGCAGCUUGCUCAGCAAACGGAUGGAGUGAUAGUGACGAACGACAACAUGAGAGAUCUCGUGGACGAGUCAGCCUCAUGGCGGGAAAUCAUCAAGAAAAGGUUACUGCAGUAUGUGUUCGCAGGUGACCUAUUCAUGGUGCCAGAUGAUCCAUUGGGCAGAAGCGGACCUCACAUCAACGAUUUCCUGCGGAUGCAGAACAGCCACUCAUUCGCAGGUAUGUCCUCCUCCUCUUCGCCCUCCUACCACCCUAGAGCUCAGACUGAGGUGCUGCAGUAUCGCGAACGGACACCAGGGGGCGUACAUAGUGCUCACGGAUCAGGCAAGGGUCAGGCCCAGGCUGGCAAGGAAAUGGAGCGGACAUCAGAGGCGACGCUGAGACUGAAACAGGAUUUGGUGCAGAUAUUUCCAGGACAGGAGAGCAUGGUCACCAUGACCCUACAGUGUCACCCGACUGUCACAGACAUCAACAAAUUGUCUCAUUUCAUUCUGGAAAGUCAGGGAAACGUGUAGAGGCAUUAGAGGGCAGUGAGGCAGACUUGAGGUAUGCUAAAACCGUGUAGUGAGAUUAUACAAACAUCAAGACUUAUCAGAAAGUUUAAAUUCAUGAUUAGGUUUCUGCUGUGCGCAUAGAAUUGAACGAAAGCAAUAUCAAGUGAGUUCAAAUAAUUAAAACUGUGUGAUUUUUAUAUUGAAAGAAGCUUUACUUAUUUCUUAAUUCUGUUGUUAAAUCUGCCUGUGUUUUAUAUUCCUUUUUGAAAGACAUUGUUUUCUAACUGGUAACUGGUGUGUCAUAUAUGGUGUUUUUACAAAAUGAAAUAUUUUAAUGUUAUAUUUUAACAUAUGUCUCUGUUUCAGAAGCACCUCAAGAACCUGGCUUGCAACUCUUAUCACCACUCAUAUUUAGCAGGUUGAGGAUUCUCCACAAGGGGGCACUAUAUAACAGAGGUGCUUUUCAGUGUUAAAUAAUUUAUUUAUUUUCUUUGCAUACCAAUGCAAAUUGGUGUCAGUCUGAUUACAAAUUAAGCAAUUGAGCAAUGAUACAAACCAUUAUGCUGCAAAUAGUUUAAUGUGUGUUUUCAUAAUGUCCACUAAAAAGUAUAUUUUGGAAAUAAUGGCAAGUAAUCAAAACCUCAUGAACCAAAUGCAUUCAUAAUGAACUAGCUGCAUUGGAGCCGAGGGGGAGCAUCCCUUCAAGUUCAAUGGAAAUGAUAAUUUGUGACAGGUAUUUGUGCUGUGAAGGUAGCCAGUGGACUCCAGGUGAAUAUAAUCCUUAACACGUAGUCCAGUCGCACCAUAAAUCUCCAAAACAAUGUUUGAAACUGUAUGAAAGAAUAGACAUUAUAUAGCAAUGUUUUAAAAAAUCCGAUUUUCAAAAGUUCAAUUCAUCUCUUCUAAGUAUACUCUGGAGUUUAAUCACAUUGCUAUGAUAACACAUAACACUGGACGAAAGAUGUACUUAUUGAUAAGAGGUAUACAGUAUGCAGAUUGUAUAUUUUAUAUAUUUUUAUAUUUUUUCAUUCAUAUUUCUUGUUGGGUUUUUUAUGUUUGUUUGUUUUGUUUUGCUCCAGUUACAUUACCAAAAUUGUUACGCAGAGUUGAAGUAAUUUAAUACGGAAAAAGUUGCGAUGGAAAUUGUAAUGGUCCUUAUUUGAGGAGUAAAGGUCAUUCUGACAUCUGUUUUGUGCAGACUAAUGGUACAUGGCUUCAAUGAUCCUUUCUGCUACAUAAUUAUCCAAUUUGCUGUGAGACAUUUAACUCUGUAGCAAUUACAGCUGUAAGAAAAAAAUCCUGUUUUUUUUUUUUUUUUUUUUUUUUAUGAAAUGGCUCCUAAAAUGUUCAUCUAAGUCAUAACAAGAAAUAAAGUCUUAUUUAACAAACAA